AUGCGCGGUCAACACGCUUGGGGCCUCCUCCUGGCGGCCUCGGCUGCCGCCGGCAAGUACAUCGUGCCCGGCGGCCGGUGGCGCGACACGGACGGCGAGCUGGUGAAUGCGCACGCCGGCAGCGUGGGCUUCGACGAGGCCUCCGGGAAGUACUGGCUCUUUGGCGAGUACAAGGUCGAGGGCCAGACCGAAGGCGGCGGUGUCUCGGUCUACAGCUCGGAGGACCUGGCGACGUGGGAGAGCCAUGGGCUGGCGCUUGCACCUAUAGAGGGUCACCCAUACAUCGCCCCAUCCCACAUCAUCCAGAGACCCAAGGUGGUCUACAGCAGUAUCUCCAAUGAGUACCACAUGCACUGGCACGCGGAUAACUCGUCGUACGGCCUGCUGCUGCAGGGCUACGCGACAUCGCCGACGAUCCAGGGGCCGUACACGUUCGCCAACGCGACGUCGCCGCUGGGCAACUGGAGCCAGGACUUCGGGCUGUUCACCGACUACAAGGACGGGCGGUCGUACGCGCUGUACAGCAACGGCGACAGCGCGCAGGGCCGCGACGUCUACCUCAGCCGGUACGACGAGGACGCGGCGCAGCUCGAGGCCGUGGUGCACCGGUUCCCCAAGUACGACCUGGAGGCGCCGGCUAUCGUGCAGACGGAGCGCAGCUACUACGCCCUCAUGAGCCACAAGACGGGCUACCGGCCCAACAACGUCGUGGCCUUCCGCGCCGACAGCCUCGCGGGGCCCUGGAGCCAGCCGUGGAUCGUGGCCCCGCUCAACACGCGCACCUUCAGCAGCCAGAGCGGCAACACGCUCACCGUCCGCGGGUCGAGCGCCACCACGCACCUGUACAUCGGCGACCAGUGGGACUCCAACUCGCUCUGGGAGAGCCGCUACAUCUGGCUGCCCAUGGCCAUCGACGACGAGCGGGGCGACCUGCGCCUGGAGUGGCACGAUGUGUACGAUCUCGACGUCAAGACCGGCGAGUACACGGCGGUCGAGGGUCAGACGUACUACGGCAAGGAUGCGGAAACUGCCGGGGAUGCGUAUAAGCAGGAAGCAAACUUCGCAAGUGACGGCGUGAUCCUUACCGGUAUCUACGGCAAUGACAGCACCGUGACGUUCUCCGGGAUCGAAGGCACUGGAAAGCCGCAGUGGGUCUCGUUCUACUACCAGAACACGGACGACAUGGGCUUCGGCGAUCAGCCGGGCGGCAGCCCGGACCGCAUCGGGGGUUCAUGGCAGCUGCGGCGCAUCAGCAGCGUUAUCGUCAACGGCGACGCGGAGCACGUCGAGACGCUAUUCCAGCGCGACACCCACAAGGGCAUCCUCCUGUCCACGCCGCUGCAGCUGACCCUGAAGGAGGGCGCCAACAACACCAUCACCGUCGGCGGUCUGUCGAACGGCUUCGACUUCAAGGGCGCCGAUCUGGACCGCAUUGUGGUGUACCCGCCCGAAGAAUAG